GUCGCGUGCCGGGUGUCAUGGCGGCCUGCAGGCGUUGCUGCUCGUGCCUCCGGCUUCGGCCGCUCCGCGAGGGCCCCGUCCGUCUGCCAGGGCGGGGUCGGGCGCUCACCCAGUUGCAGGUGCGAGCACUAUGGAGUGGCACGGGGUUCCGAGCUGUGGCCGUGGACUUAGGCAACAGAAAAUUAGAAAUAUCCUCUGGAAAACUGGCCAGAUUUGCAGAUGGCUCCGCUGUAGUACAGUCAGGUGACACUGCGGUGAUGGUCACAGCCGUCAGCAAAACAAAACCUUCACCUUCCCAGUUCAUGCCUUUGGUGGUUGACUACAGACAGAAGGCUGCUGCAGCAGGUAGAAUUCCCACAAACUAUCUCAGAAGAGAGGUUGGAUCCUCUGACAAAGAAGUUCUUACAAGUCGAGUAAUAGAUCGUUCAAUUAGACCUCUCUUUCCAGCUGGCUACUUUUAUGAUACACAGGUACUUUGUAAUCUAUUAGCAGUAGAUGGAGUUAAUGAACCUGAUGUUUUAGCAAUUAAUGGUGCUUCUGUAGCUCUCUCAUUAUCAGAUAUUCCUUGGAAUGGACCUAUUGGGGCAGUGCGAAUAGGAAUGAUUGAUGGAGAGUGUGUUGUUAACCCAACUCGGAAAGAAAUGUCUUCCAGUACUUUAAAUUUAGUGGUUGCUGGGGCACCUAAAAGUCAAAUUGUGAUGAUGGAAGCCUCUGCGGAGAACAUUUUACAACAGGACUUUUGCCAUGCUAUUAAAGUGGGGGUAAAAUAUACCCAACAAAUAAUUCAGGGCAUCCAGCAGUUGGUAAAAGAAAUUGGUGUUACCAAGAGGACACCUCAGAAGUUAUUUACCCCUUCACCAGAGAUUGUGGAACACAUUCAUAAACUCACGAUGGAAAGACUCUAUGCAGUUUUUACUGAUUAUGAACAUGAUAAAAUUUCUAGAGAUGAAGCUAUUAACAAGAUAAGGUUAGAUACAGAGGAACAACUCAAAGAAAAAUUUCCAGAGGCUGAUACAUAUGAAAUAAUAGAAUCCUUCAAUGUUGUUGCAAAGGAGGUUUUUAGAAGUAUUAUUUUGAAUGAAUACAAAAGGUGCGAUGGUCGAGAUUUGACUUCACUUAGGAAUAUAAAUUGUGAGGUAGAUUUGUUUAAAACUCUUCAUGGAUCAGCAUUAUUUCAGAGGGGACAAACACAGGUGUUUUGUACUGUUACAUUUGAUUCAUUAGAAUCCAGUAUAAAGUCUGACCGAAUUAUAACAGCCAUAAAUGGAAUAAAAGAUAAAAAUUUCAUGCUGCACUAUGAGUUUCCUCCUUAUGCCACUAAUGAAAUUGGCAAAGUCACUGGUGUGAAUAGAAGAGAACUUGGACAUGGUGCUCUUGCUGAGAAAGCUUUGUAUCCUGUUAUCCCCAAGGAUUUUCCUUUCACCGUAAGAGUAACAUCUGAAGUCCUAGAGUCAAAUGGAUCAUCUUCAAUGGCAUCUGCAUGUGGUGGAAGUUUAGCAUUAAUGGAUGCAGGAGUUCCAAUUUCAUCUGCUGUCGCAGGUGUAGCAAUAGGAUUGGUCACCAAAAACAAUCCCGACAAGGGUGAAAUAGAAGAUUAUCGUUUGCUGACAGAUAUUCUGGGAAUUGAAGAUUAUAAUGGUGACAUGGAUUUCAAAAUAGCUGGCACCAGUAAGGGAAUAACUGCACUACAGGCUGAUAUUAAGUUACCUGGAAUACCAAUAAAAAUUGUAAUGGAGGCCAUUCAACAAGCCUCAGUGGCAAAGAGGGAGAUACUACAGAUUAUGAACAAAACUAUUUCAAAACCUCGAGCAUCUAGAAAAGAAAAUGGACCUGUUGUGGAAACUAUUCAGGUUCCAUUAUCAAAACGAGCAAAAUUUGUUGGACCGGGUGGAUAUCAUUUAAAAAAGCUCCAGGCUGAAACAGGAGUAACUGUUAGUCAGGUGGAUGAAGAAACAUUUUCUGUAUUUGCACCAACACCCAGUGCUAUGCACGAAGCAAGAGACUUCAUUACUGAACUGUGCAAAGAUGAUCAAGAGCAGCAACUAGAAUUUGGAGCAGUGUAUACCGCCACAAUAACUGAAAUCAGAGACACUGGAGUAAUGGUUAAACUAUAUCCAAAUAUGACUGCAGUACUACUACAUAACACACAACUUGAUCAACGAAAGAUUAAACAUCCCACUGCCCUAGGAUUAGAAGUUGGCCAAGAAAUUCAGGUGAAAUACUUUGGACGUGAUCCGGCUGAUGGAAGAAUGAGGCUUUCUCGUAAAGUCCUGCAGUCUCCAGCUACAACUGUUGUCAAAACUCUAAAUGACAGAAGCAGUAUUGUAAUGGGAGAAUCUAUUUCACAGUCAUCAUCUAAUUCCACCCAGUGAUUUUUUUUUUUUUAAGGAGAAUUCUAGAGUGAUAUCCUGUAGAGCAAAAUUUCAGCAGUGUCUUCUAAUGUGUAGAUUUAUACAUAGUAUAAAUAUAUUCUAAUGACUUGUAUGAAAUUGUUCAUUUUAUGUGGUCUAUUUUUUAUUUCAAGAGUUACCUAUAUUCUUAUUUUUAUUUACAUUAUAAAUCAAUAAAUAUUAUUAAAACUAUAAACCAUUUAUAUAUCUAAAAAGAUUGCCCUUUAGUGCCUAUAAUUCUGAAAUCGCUUAAAACCUUAGAAAAAAUAGAUCACAUUUGCUACUGCAAUGGAUCUGUGCCUAUCUUCUUUUUCUUCUUUGUAUAUUGUGACAGUUUAGUCAUCUAAUGGCUCACCUCUGUACAAGAGCUGUAUUUGCCUACUUAUGUUAAAGUAGGCUCCAUGCCCAGUGUAGAGCCCAGUGCAGGGCUCGAACUCAUGACUCCAAGAUGAAGGGUUGGACACUUAAUCGACUGAGCCACCCAGGUACCCCAGAACUUAUGUUUUAAACGGAAGGCAAGUGAGAAUUAAAGAUUUUUGUCACUAUUAGAGAAAAAUCAAAUGUACAAAGCAUAUAGUUUAUAUUUAAUGUCAUUUUAUUAUUUUUUUAAAGAUUUUAUUUGAGAGGAAAGCGCACAAGCAGGGGGUGUGUCAGGGAGAGGGAGAGGCAGAAGCAGGCUCCUUGUGGAGCAGGGAGCCCCAUGCUAGGCUGGAUCCCAGGACCUUGGGAUCAUGACCUGAGCUGAAGGCAGACGUUUAACCAAUUGAGCCACCCAGGCACCCCGAGUUUACUAUUUUCUUUUUUCCAAGGGACCCAGUUACUACUAGGAGAAAAAUGAGGCUAGUUCUUAAAUUCUAGAGACCAUGGUUCCACAAAGUGACAAUAAAGUCCACUAACCACCAAAAAGAUUCUAUUUCCACUUAAACCAAGAUCUUAUUCUUUAGAUCUGAGACUUUUAUUUUUGUCUUCAUUCACAUCUUGGUAGUUUUUCCUGCUCUCCAUGAAGUACUUCCAAAAGUGCAAUUAAAUGCUAAAAACACUAAAAUGACUAAAACUGAAGUGCCCAUCUCUAUUAGUGCAAUGUGGGUACUUACAAGACUUUUUUCUUCAUAUUUUGUUACUGACACUCCCCUGUCCAUAAAUUAUGGAUUUUUGGGUUUUUAAAAACUUUUUACUUAUUCAUGAGAGACCAGAGAGAGAGGCAGAGACACGGGCAGAGGGAGAAGCAGGCUAGAUGCAGGGAGCCCGAUGUGGGACUCGAUCCUGGGUCUCCAGGGUCACACCCUGAGCUGAAGGCAGCACUAAAACCAUUGAGCCACCCGGGCUGCCCAAUUAUGGUUUCUAUACAUUUUUUCUUUUCUUACAGAACAUCUUCUAGAUCUAAAGAUAAUACUAUAAAUAUAUCAGUAUCUUUCUUAGUUCAGUUCUGCCAAGCAUAAUAUUCAUUAGUUCAACACUUAUACAUCAGUAAAGAAAUACAUCAGUAAACAAAACAUCAAGUUCCAUUGCUCACAUUCUAGUGGACGGAAACUAACGAGUUUUUUUUUUUUUUAAGAUUUAUUCACAAGAGAGAGGGCAGAGAUAUAGGCAGAGGGAGGAGAAGCAGGCUCCAUGCGGGGACUCUGAUGUGGGAUUUGAUCCCAGGACUCCAGGAUCACGCCCUGAGCCGAAAGGCUGUCGCUCAACUACUGAGCCAGCCAGGCGUCCUGUAAACUAACCGUUAAGAAGUAUAUAGCAUGGUGGUAGUAGGUUUUUUAAAGAAAAACAACUGAGUAAAUGGAUAAAGUGAUCAAGAAAAGGUACUAAUUUAGGUAAAAUGGCCCAGAAUGGCCUAAGCAGGUAACAUUUGAACAAACACCUCAAUGAAAUGGAGGAAGAUAUGCAACUACUCUGGAAGAAUUCCAAAUGAAGGCACGGACAACUUCAUAUUCAUUUGGUAUUGUAGGUUUAGAAUAUGGAGCAGCUUGUUCAUUUUAUAAAUCAAUUUAACAGUCUUUUACUCCUUAAUCCUUUGCCUUUUCUUCCCUAGAAUUAGCAAAUUUUAUUAAAAUACAAGAGAAGGCUAGUGCAAGGUGAUAUUUUCAAAGCACUUAAUCAGUAAGAGUAUGCCUGAUUACUUGCAAAAAAGUAGACAAUGAGAUCAUGUUAAAGUUCAAAGGCCUUUUUAUAAAAUUUAUCACAGGGCCAUGAAUUUAUUUUACAGAAGCCAAGUCACACUUCCUGUGCAUCAUUAUGAACUAAAGGUGGUUCUCUCUAUAUACUUUGCUUUGGAGUUUCCUGGCCUCUCAUUUGUACUUUAUACACAAUAGCUUAUUUCUAUAUACAAAUAUUAAUGUGAUGUAUCCUAUUGAUUGAUUUGCAGAUGCUUACCAUACUUGCCUCCCAGAAAUAAAUCACACCUUGAUCACAGUAUAUGAUUCUUUUAAUGUACUGUCGAAUUCGGUUUGGUAAUAUUUGUUGAGGACUUUUGCAUCUAUAUUCAUCAGGGUUAUUGGCCUGGACUGUAAUUUUCUUCUCUGGGAUGUUCUUGUCUGAGAAGGAUAAGUAUUACAUCUUUGAAUGUUUGGUAGAAGUAUUACAUCUUUGAAUGUUUGGUAGAAUUCACCAGUAAAGCUAUUUGGUGAAUAAGACUUUUGUUUAUUGGGAGGUUUUUGAUUACUCACUCAGUCUCCUUGCGAGCAACUAGUUUAUUCUG